CUGUCACCCCCCUGCAGAAAAUAUUAAGCCAACAAAUUUUUGAAUAAUGUAAAUUGUGUAUUUAAAUUCUAUUUUAUUUAAAUAAUUUAAAGUCAACGGGGUAGCCAAAUUGUUCACGAUUUCUUAUUUCUUCUAACAGAAUGAUAAAAAGCGUUUGAAUUUCGGCACAAAAAAUAGUAAUUUUUUGUGCCGGUUAAAAAAGUGUACAGCCUGAUAUUUAGGAACAUUUAGUUUUAUAUUGUUACCAAUUACCAACUAUUUAUCAUAUAUGAAUAUGAUCAAGGAGACCAACGAAUGUGUAAAAUCCAAAAAAAUAAUGAGAAGAAUUUGAAGUUUGGAGUAAAUAACCAAUUAAAAUUUAAAAUUGUAAACAUUAUGAUAUAUUUUAAUAGAAGAUAGAAGAAAAUAAAAUACAUACAAUUGUCAGUGUUUUACUUUCUAUUUUCACAAAGAAAGAUGCCCAGAAGGAAUAUAUUUCAUUAUUCAUAGAUCGUAGGAGGGAUACACUGAAUGGAAAUUUUAAAUUUAGUCAUCCUACAAUUUUUUAUGCAAUAGUAGCAUGUAGAUUUAAAAAAAAUGAAGUUGAUUAUUUUUAUUUUCUUAAAAUUUAUACAGGUACUAACUUGCAAUUAUUCUACAAUUAAUUUACCUCCAGAGCACGUGCCAUAUUACUUUACUGCAAAUCCGGAAAUCGCAGAAAAAUGUAGAAUAGAUACAGAAUGUCCGUAUAAAGAAUACUUAACUGAAAAAAAAUAUUGGGGUUAUGAAUUAGACCAUCAGUGGGGUAAUCAAUAUUCAGUUCCAGAAUGUCCGGGGGAUCACAAGGGUUGGGUAAAAACAAAGUUUGAUCAAGAAAAUACAUUUUAUACACAAGGAGAUUUUGGUUUUGUCAAACAACAGAUCAAGGAGUUGAAAGUGUUAUGUGAGCCUUUAUUUCAAGAUGAUAGUAUUCUAGAAUGUUCAGAUCAUCUGAGAUACUGUAGAGGUAGAAAUAUUAUGAUAAAUUUUACACAGUUGGCAAGUCGUCCAGAUCCAAUCAGAUAUAAAAUGGAUGUAUUAAGCCAUGGUGAUAUUGGGGGAUAUUGUGAUUUGAAUCAAAAAGAGUUGGAUAAACAAGCCGAUCAUAUUAGUGCUUUGCAAAGUUGGGGCCCAGAAAUCAGAUAUUUUAGUAAACUUAAACAUAGACCAAUAAUUUCUAAUGGAGACUGUGAUGUAGUGUUAGAAAAACCUACUUAUAUUAUGAAAAUUGAUGCCACUAUUAAUAUGUAUCAUCAUUUCUGUGAUUUUUUAAACUUAUAUGCAUCAUUGCAUUUGAAUGAAGGCCCAGAAGCCUUCUCUACUGAUGUUCAUGUACUUAUAUGGGAAACUUUUACAUACAGAUCCCUGUUUGAGGACUCCUGGAAAGCAUUUACAGAACAUCCUUUGUGGGAUUUGAAAACUUUUAGAGGAGAAACAGUAUGUUUCAAAAAUGUAAUUUUUCCGUUGCUUCCCAGAAUGAUUUUUGGAUUAUAUUAUAAUACUCCUUUGAUAUAUGGCUGCAGAAAAAGCGGAUUGUUUCAUGCGUUCUCAAAGCAUAUGCUACAUCGUCUAAAAAUACCAAUUUAUAGAAGAAUUAAUAGAAAAAUUAAAAUUACUUUUCUGUCCAGAGACACAAAAUAUAGAAGGGUGCUUAAUGAAGAAGCUUUAUUAGAUUCAAUCAAAGAUAAUGAUGAGUAUGAAGUGAACAGAGUGAUAUAUAACAGGAAUAUUCCAUUUAAAAAACAAUUAGAGAUUAGUGCCAAUUCUGAUGUGCUUGUAGGCAUCCAUGGGGCAGGUUUAACUCAUUUGCUGUUUUUGCCUGACUGGGCUGCAGUAUUUGAAUUAUACAACUGUGAGGAUGCAAAUUGUUAUGCAGAUCUUGCUAGAUUAAGAGGUGUUCAUUAUGUGACAUGGAAGAACACAGAAAAAUUAUCUUCAGAAACAGAUGACUCCCACGAAGGUGCAGCACAUGCUAAAUUUGCUAAUUACUCAUUUGACGUGGAGGAAUUCAAAAGAUUAUUGAAAGAAGCCACAGAUUAUGUCAAAAAUCAGGCUUCUUAUCAAGAAUUUCUCAAUAAAAUAAGUCCUGAGGACCAAAAUAAUGAUCUCCAUGAUGAACUCUGAGAAGUGAUAUUUUAAAAAAUCUCAUAUUUUUUAACAUAUAAUAGUAGUUAACAUUUUUUUUAUCAAAUAUAUAAAACUUAAAAUUUCUUAUUGUUAUAAUUAAGCGUACUCAUCAUUUUCUAAUAAAGUCUUUUUUUUGUCAAAUAUGUUUUAAAUUAUAUUGUUAUAUUACUUGAAUAAUGUAGACUUUUUACUCGAAUCCAAUAAUAAAUAUUGAUUAA